GUCAUGUAUACGUAAUCAUGAGACGCCUAGAGCCUGUUUAGUGAAAAAUGGUUUUGUUGAGGUUAGGCGGCGCCUUAUCUCAUCUCUCACUGCUUCAGGUUCAGCUGCCCAGAAAAACCUCCUCGCCAUUGUCACUCCCACUCUUCCACCCCUUAAAGUCAAAGCCUAGAACAAGGCAGAAUCCAUUUCGAUUUUAUUCCAUGGCAUCAUCGGAGCCUAAGGAGUCGUCGGCGAAUAACCCUGGCCUCCACACUACCCCGGAUGAAGCCACCAAAGGCUACUUCAUGCAGCAGACUAUGUUUCGAAUUAAGGAUCCUAAAGUCAGUCUUGAUUUUUACUCUCGUGUAUUGGGCAUGUCAUUACUUAAGAGGUUGGAUUUUCCAGAAAUGACGUUCAGCUUGUACUUCAUGGGCUAUGAGGACACUGCAUCAUCUCCAAGUGACCCAGUUGAUAGAACAGUUUGGACCUUUGGAAGGCCAGCUACAAUUGAACUAACACAUAACUGGGGUACUGAAAGCGAUCCUGAAUUCAAAGGAUAUCACAGUGGGAAUUCAGAACCCCGUGGCUUUGGGCACAUUGGGGUCACCGUUGAUGACACAUACAAGGCAUGUGAGAGAUUUGAACGCCUUGGAGUUGAGUUUGUGAAAAAACCAGAUGAUGGGAAAUUGAAAGGGAUAGCAUUCAUCAAGGAUCCUGAUGGCUAUUGGAUUGAAAUUUUUGAUCUGAAAACCAUUGGGAAAAUAACUAGCAGUGCUGCUUGAGUUAAUGUCUCACCAACUUAAGUUCUGGAUUUUCAUUGGGUGUCAACGAGUGAUGUGUGUGGAGGUUUUGAAAACAUUUCCUUUCUUUAUCCAGAUAUUCACUGAAGGGAACGUCUUCCUCUUCAGCUGGGAAUGAAUACGGAUAUUUCUGUCAGAGAGUGUAAAUUUUACUUGCCCUGUAUUGACAAUUUAAAAGAGAUGAACAUCAUUUCUCAAAAAAAAAAAAAGAGAUGAACAUCAUUCUACUUUUUACUGUGGAGCAGAAGCGUCUUUCCAGUAGAAUUUGCUUCAGUUUACCAAACAUGAAUAAAUAAAACUUUGUUUGGGGC